AUGGCCACUACCUCACCAGAAGAAAACUCCAAGUCCUCAGCCCAGAGCUUCCGUCGCUUCACCCGACAACUCCAGGAUGAAUAUGACCUGGUAGCCAUUGAUCCAGAGGUUGAUCCUCGCCUGGAGCUUGCAGCCAUAGGUCGCCAAGAAACGGCCUCUUUGGCAUCUUGGGGCGCACCGGUUGGAGCGAGCAAGAUUCCCGGCAAGAGAUUCAUUCGGAUUGCCAAGUACCACAGUCAUGUCUUCCUCGUAGAGUCCAAGCAAUGCCCCAUCCUCAAGGUCAACGCCAUCACGUACCGAAACGACCCAAUUCUUCCCAUCUGCAGAACGGGCAGAGCAUCCAAGGAGAAUGAGACUUUGGUCCUACAGGUCGACAGAAACGAACUCCGAGCUAUGAAGUUAACCAUGGAAGAGUUUUGCAACAAGGUCGGCUAUGCCGUCUUUGAAUCCAAGCCUGGCUUCUAUAUCCCGACGUUGUACCUAGUUGGAGACGACAUUAAUCCUACCAACUUUAAGGAUGUGGUUUGGGCUGCUGCCACGCGCUGUCAACCGCGCGCAAACGAAUUUUUCUUUGACGAGUACCCCAACAUACCUCUGAUUCCAUAUGUUGGCUAUGGAGUCAAGUUUGGCCGGAAUGCGUGCAAGGUGAUGCGAUGCUGUCCGUUCCCGAGCGAGUCUGGACACGAUGAGUUGGUGUGGAGGGAAGCUUCUUUCAGGAACAGCUACCCAGAGGAGAUCCAAGAAAAGAUCAAGAGUCAAUGGGAGACGUAUGGUUUCAGUAGUGCAUGGAGUCUGGAUCUUAGAUGA